AGGAAGAGGAAUAAAGAAGUUCUACUCAGUGCACAAUGUUUUUUUUAAAGAUAUUUAGAUGCUGCUAAUCUUCCGCUUUACUCUGCUUUCAGCUGUAUGUGGCUGCUCUUCACAUUUUGCAUUUUUAUGAGGAAUGAACUGAGGUGCUUCUUCUACUGUCUUCUGAACAUACUGCUGAUUCUUCUAUGGACACAGAUUGAGGUACAGCGUCCAGUGCAGACAAAAUAAAGUGGAGAAAGGAAGAUGCCUGCUCCGCCUCCCCCACCACCCCCAGGGCCUCCCCCUCCUCCCACCUUUCAUCUUGCCAACACAGAGAAGCCACCUCCGCAGAAGGGGAGGUCUGCUCUAUUGUCUGACAUCAGUAAAGGCUCUAAACUAAAGAAGACUGUUACCAAUGACCGCAGUGGACCCUGUCUGGACAAACCCAAAGGAGGAGGAGGAGGAGGUGGUGGUGGUGGUGGUGGUGGUGGUGGAGGAGGAGGUGGCGGAGGAGGUUUUGGUGGUGGAGGUGGUGGUGGUUUAGGUGGCCUGUUCGCAGGAGGGAUGCCAAAACUGAGGUCUGCAGGAAACAGCAAGUCCAAUGACUCAGGACCCAGUCGAGCACCGAUGCUCCCCCCAGGAGGCCGCUCUAGUGGCCCCAGUCCCUUUGGUGGCGGUGGAGGCCCCAGCCCCUUUGGUGGCGGUGGAGGCCCCAGCCCCUUUGGUGGCGGUGGAGGCCCACCUAAACUCCCAGGAGGCCCACCUGGUCGUAGUAAUGCCCCUGAUCUUCCCAAGGGCCGCCCAAGUUUCUCAAGACAAGACACUCCAGGUGGCCCCCCUCCCGUACCCAACACACCUCGACCAACCCAGGGCUUCCAGUCUCGUGGAGGCCCACCACCGCCAUCACUCCCUGGAGGACCCAGACCCAGCCAUGCUUCUGCAGCUAUACCUCCUGGUGUUCCAUCAGGGAGGCAUGGACCUCUCCCUCCACCGCCAGGAGGCUCCUCACCUGGGCCACGAGCAAGCUUCUCCGGGCCACCUCCUCCACCCCCCAACAGCAGUCGACCUACUUUACCGCCAGCUCCUGGAGGGAGGCCUCCACUUCCUGAUGACCGGCCUCCACCACCACCAGCUCCUAUGGGCGGUCAUAGACCAUCUAUGCCCCGUGAUUUCCCCCCUCCUCCUCCUGCUGUCAACUCCAAACCGCCCUCCUCUGUCUCUUCCCCCUCUCGUCCUUCCCCUGGUGGAGGUGCACCACCUCUCCCACCAGGCCGACCGGGACCUCCUCCUCUCCCACCCAGCCCAGCUGGAGGUGAUGAUCACAGCACUCCUCGUCUACCCCAAAGGAACAGCUCACUUAACAGCAAUACUCCACCUCCAUCACAUGGUCGGGCAGGACCUCUCCCUCCUCCACCAAACGAGAGACCGCCAUCUCUUGGAAGAAACCCUUCAGCACGCUCAGGACCCCUUCCUCCCCCUCCUCCCUCAGGUCGUAGCGUGGGUGGGGGAAGUGUGAGGUCAUCACAAGCACCUCCUCCUGUAGGUCGGCCUGGCCCAGAGCCCCCUCGUGGUGGACCUGGCGGUAGACCUCCACUCCCUCCGGACAGGCCUGGGGCAGGAGGGCCCCUUCCUCCACCACCCAUGGGCAACGGCUUUCAAAACUCUCACCACAACCAGAUACAGGAUGAGUUCGAGUGCCGGUUCAAUUUCCAUCCAGUGUCGGACUUUCCUCCACCUGAGCCCUACGUUCCUUUCCCAAAGACUUACCCCAGCAAGCUUGCCAAGAAUGAGGGCGGCAGAGGUUCUGGUAAGAAGGAAAGAGGAGCUCCUCCUCUUCCUCCUAUAAACAGGUGAAGAAGAAGUGGCACCCAUCACACACACCUGGACCUACUUUCUCUAUUUUCCUACCUUUCUCUCUUUCUCUUUCUCUCUUUCUCUUUCUGUUGCGCUCAUCGUGCUUUGACCUGUGGCAUGUGGAUCAUGUAUGGACUGAAAUAUGGACCUGAAGUACAGUUGGCCAAGUAAAAGGACAGACUCACAAUGUGGAGUUUGCAUUAUAUGCGUCUUUAGCAGCAGAAUGGUAGCAUUCAAAGACCAAAGCAUGUUCAUACUCUGGUAUACUGUAUUCAAAUAAAAAGAAAAAAAAAAAAACGCAGGCACUAUAAAAAAAAAAAAAGAAAAAAAAGAAAGGAAGAAAAAUCAGGUUUACAACUAUGUGUGGCUGCAGCUGCAUGGUGCGUUCUAGGUGGGCUUUGUCUACCUGGUUGCUGUGAGACGUAGAUCACUUAUGAACAACAGUAUUUUCACAAAACUUUAUGCACAUCGACUCCCAGAAAAUGUUUUCAUCCCAUUCUACAGCAAUUGAUGGAGGGAGUUCAUCAAUUCUAUGCCUAAUAUUAUAUCUUGCCACCCACUUACACUUUUAGAAGAAAACUGUAGCAUGUGUGACCCUCCCAGCCUGCUUACACAGACCACAUUAGGUGAAGCUAAAUCAACAUCUUAUGGGGAGAUUAUUGUCAACAUCGACGUCCCAGGGUUAUAAUGACGCAAGAGUGCAGAGUUUAUUAUGAAACCAUUUGGCUUCCUCAGGGGCGUUGAGAAGCUAUUGCUCAUUUAAUUUGCUGGUAUUUCCAGUGUGCCUUUUUCUAUUGUAAUUUCAGGCUGCUUAAAAGAGUUAAGGGAAUUAGCCAGGGAUGCCUUUUGUGCCUUAAAUUAUGUGUAUGUAUAUAGUUCCCCUGUUUGUUCAGCUGGAUUGGAUCACCUCUGAUGAUGUAAAAACAGCACCGUGACCGGACGUCAAGAAUGUUUAGUGUAAGAAGGUGUCGUAAUAACACCGCCAUUGCAAUGAAGACUUCUGUUUGUUAUUACGAUGGACUUGGAACCAAACUAAACAUGGCCCUGCCACUGCUGCAUAAACCAUCAGGGGGAACGCGGGUGUUUAAUUUGCCAAAGCCACAUGUGCCUUCACAGUAUGUACAAUUUACAGCUGUGCAUUUUUGUUUGAACCACUGAACGGUACUAUUCAUUUGAUUGUCAGAUGUGAGCAUGCAUGUAAUGCUUAUGAUUUAGAUCUGUUUUAAAGGACAUUGUAUGGGAACUUGGUAUUGGUUUACAGUUGAACUGAUUUUUCAUUUGCUGUUUUGUUAAAAGCUUACUUACUAUGAAGGAACUGUGUAUGUAUCGAUGUGAUUUAAUCAAAAGGUAUUGGAACUUUAUUAUUUUAAGUUAUGUUUCAGAACUGUGCAGUAUUAUGUUGCUUCACCCAGCACUGCUCUUUUUGUAUACAUGAUGUAUUAACAUCAGGUGUUGGUCAAAAAAACAACAACAAAAAAACUUUUCUUAAAGACAAUCAAACAGAAUUAAACCUAUUUACAUGAAUAAAUAAAAUGCUUUACGAUGCUUUAUGUGCUCUACCUCGGGUGAAAUGUGCUUUUAUUUGACUGUACAUUUUAAAUAAAUAAAUUGAGAGUACAACACAAAGGAAGAUAAUUUGACCAGAACCCAGAUGAAGCCAUUUGUUUUGUAUUCUUAGAUAACCAAUAUGCAUCCUUUUAUAUGUUUGUGCAAUAAAGCUGGGCAAAACAUUCAUUAAAAUGUGUUGUAUGAGACAUUGUCUGGGAUUUUGGCUAUUAUGAUAUAUAUAAUAUGAAAUACUGUAGCUUAAGUGUUGUCAUUUAUACA